AUGGCUUUCACAAAACUUGGCGAUUAUCGAUCCUUCGAAGUGGCCGGCUUCCCCAUCUUCCUCAUCCUAGGCAAAGAUGGUGUGAUCAGAGCUUUCCACAAUGUCUGUCGCCAUAGAGCGUACACGGUCGCGAAUAAAGAGCGCGGAAGUUCUACUGUUCUCGGAUGUCGCUACCAUGGCUGGAGCUACAACACCAAAGGCGAACUUAUUAAAGCCCCUCAUUUUGACAAUGUACCUGGUUUCGACAGAUCACAGAACAGUCUGUUUGCUAUUCAUGUUCAGCAGAGCACCGACGGCUUCAUCUUUGUGAACCUCGAAGCCAAUGCGCCACGUGAGCUGCUAGAGAUCAAUUGUCUGGCCGACUUCGUGGAACGUAAUGGGGCUAUAGCUCAGUCACGCUGGAUUGGGGGUAAGGCUAUCGAAGGAGUAUUCAAUUGGAAAAUGGCUGUCGUAUCUGAGAAGCAGUUCGGUACAACUGCAAUUUUGCCCGAACUUGCGCGACUUGUGCGGUCAUCUCUUUUAGCAAGAAUCAAGCAUCAUUUGGACGGGAAGUCUGCAGGAGACUCUGAUAUUCUGCUAUUUCCCAAUGUCUCGUUUCAUACCAUUAAGGAUACCAGAUAUUGGUACUCUCUAAGCUUCCAUCCGGCGUCUGAGCGAAAGACGCUGAUCCGAUACGAUCUGUACCGCUUCCAGAGCACGGAUGGCGAUGCCAAUUCUCAGUUGAUUUCAGAUAAGCUCAUUGAGAUGAUAACGGGACAAGUUACCGAAUUGGGGAGCCAAUAUCAUUUACAAGCCAGGGGAGCUGAGGCUGGCUCCCAGGGAGGUGUGAUCGAAACGACCACAGAAGAUAGGGGUUUUCGUUCUCUCUUGGGAACGUCAAAUUUGCAAAAGAUGAUUCUCGAGCAGCUGAAAAAGCAUACUAAGCUCGAAAAGCUGCAAGGGAUGGAAGUGCAUCCUGCGAUGAGGCAGCCGCGAAUGACGCCAAAGUCCCAGCAGGCCGACCAACUGUGCCGAGAGCUCGAAUGUAGCGGCGAAACAUUCACAAGUUUGGCCUGGUAG